CUUGGAUUUUCAGAAAUGGCAGCUCCGCUGGGAGGUAUGUUCUCCGGGCAGCCACUCGGUGCCCCACCCCCACCGCUGGGCCUCCUGGGCCAGGCCUCGCUUCUUCAGGCCGAGCCAGGCACUCCCAGAUCUUCUCCGAGUACCUUGGUGGGUGAGUUGGAGUCAUCUUUCGAGGCUUGCUUUGCUUCUCUGGUGAGUCAGGACUAUGUCAAUGGCUCGGAUCAGGAGGAAAUUCGAACUGGUGUUGAUCAGUGUAUCCAGAAAUUUCUGGAUAUUGCAAGACAAACAGAAUGUUUUUUUCUACAAAAAAGAUUGCAGUUAUCUGUCCAGAAGGCAGAGCAGGUUAUCAAAGAGGAUGUCUCGGAACUGCGGAACGAGCUGCAGCGGAAAGACGCCCUGGUCCAGAAGCACCUGACCAAGCUACGGCAUUGGCAGCAGGUGCUGGAGGACAUCAACGGGCAGCACAAGAAGCCCGCCGACAUCCCGCAGGGCUCCCUGGCCCACCUUAAGCAGGCGUCUGCCAACAUCCCCGCGCCUAUGAAGCAGAACUGAGGAAAAGCCGCAGGAAAGGGUCGCUUCUCGGUGGCAUGACAUUUUGGAAGAACUCUGCCAGAGAACGAGACUAUCUCAGUUGCAUGCUCCCACCUAAAAUGUUCCUGUUUUUCAUAAGCUCUU